GGUAAUUUACGAUGAAGCCGGGUUCUAAUGGGGAGCCCAGCCCGCAAACUCAUGAGACAACCAGGAAGCAAAUAAAGAGAAUGCGGAGGCAUCCGCCUAUAAUAAGACGUACUAGCAGCUUAGCAAUACCUUUUACUCGCACGUCUUUUUCUCGUGUACUAGUAGUACUUGAACUUCCUCUUUCUUGUACAUAGUUCUACCUGCAGAUAAACCUUGCAGUCAACUGCCCAUGAUGAAGGCGGCAGUAAUUUUCGGUGCGCUGCUGGCGUCGUUGGCCGAGGUGGACGGGGCGGUCCUCUGGGACGGGCGGUUCAACGACUUUUCCAGCUCGCGGGACCUCAACAAGUGGUCCUGGAGCAACCAGGUCGGGCCGUACCAGUACUACAUCCACGGGUCGGGCUCGGUCGAGAAGUACAUCAACCUGUCGCCCGACUACAAGAACCCCAACGACACCGUGUCCAAGCAGGGCGCCAAGUUCACGCUGGACAGCACGGCGUUUUGGAACGGCCAGAACAUGCGGCGCAUCGAGCUGAUCCCCCAGACGAAAGCCGCCAUCAACAGGGGCAAAGUGUUUUACCACUUCAGCAUGAUGCGCAAGGACACGAACCCGCCGAGCCCCAACCGCGAGCACCAGAUCUGCUUCUUUGAAAGCCACUUCACCGAGAUGAAGUACGGCUGGAUCAGCGGCGAGCAGGGCACCAGCAACCCCAACCUGCAGUGGAUGACCAACCAGCGCAGCCAGUGGAAGACGGAGUGGAAGCCCAACGUGUGGCACAACAUUGCCUAUGAGAUUGACUUUGGUGCCAACAGGGUGGGCUUCUGGCACUCGGAGGGCGGCGAGCCCCUGAAGCAGGUCGUUGCCCCCGUGUCCGUCUCCACCUCGUCCAACGGCGCCGACUGGCACCUGGGUGUUCUUGAGCUCCCGCGGUCUGGCUAUUCCGACACCAACGAGGAUUUCUACUUCUCGGGCGUCUAUAUCGAGGAUGGCGCCAUCACCACUGCGAUCGGUGGUCCUGCGUAAAUAAGGAACGAGUAAGGUGACUCGGGAAUACGGGCUGGAUCGCUGCAUAUCUGCAUAUUUGCAUGGGGGAGAAGCAUUAGAAUCAUCUAUGCAAACCCAAACCUAUAAGUGACCAUAUCAGCCUCUCAUCAAUACAUCUUCAUCCACUGGAUACCUCUGUACUCACCUGUGACCAUGGUGCUCGAAUCGUCAGGUUGGCGUAAUGGAGCGUAAUAACACAUGUCAUCCCCGAAUGAGGACCAAGUUAGUAUGUAGCCGGCC